ACUUGAUAUUAUAAAAGGUGUUGAGCAACUAGACAAGAAAUUCGUUGAUUUGGCAAGUUCUAAUUUGGGAGGAAAGAUAAUUGAAUGCAGCGAUGAAUUUUUUGCUGAAGCAUCCAAUUUACUUAAACCCCAUAAACCUGUCAGAAAACCUGGAAAAUAUACCGAACGUGGAUCAUGGAUGGACGGAUGGGAGUCUAAACGACACAACCCCUUUCACGAUUGGGUCGUGAUUAAAUUGGGUUUCGAAGGGCAUAUAACAGGAUUUGAUAUCGACACUUCGUAUUUUGAAGGAAAUCAAGCUCCAAUGGCCGAUGUUGAAGCUUGUUUUUCUCCCAAUCAUGAUCUUGAUAAUAACACUAACAUACAAAAAACUACCAUGAAAUUUACCCACGUUAGAUUAAAUAUUUAUCCCGAUGGUGGUGUCGCACGAUUUAGAGUAUACGGAAUUGUAAGCGCAAGAUGGCCAAAAGAUCACUCAACACCAGUAGACUUGGCCUACGCGGGUAACGAAGGUCGAAUCAUUUCUUAUAGUGAUCAACAUUACGGUAAAUCGGAUAAUAUUUUAUUGCCAGGUCGUGGAAAAGACAUGAGUGACGGAUGGGAAACACGACGUUCUCGUCAACCUAAUCAUAAUGAUUGGAUAAUAAUCAAAUUGGGAUGUCCAGGUUAUUUGGAAAAAGCUGAAGUGGAUACAGCAUUCUUUAAAGGGAAUUAUCCCGAUAGAGUUUUACUUGAAGGUUGUUUUUGUAAUAACGAUGUGUUGUUAGAGGAUGGUGGUUCAAAUGUGGAUUGGGAUAUUAUUUUAGAAAAAAGCAAACUUGGACCUCAUAAGCAACAUUAUUUUGACUUGAAGAAGAAAUAUAAAAAAUUUUCGCACGUUAAAAUGACGAUAUUUCCUGAUGGUGGAGUUAAGCGAUUGAGAAUUAUUGGGAGGAGAGAACUAACUGACAAAGUGGAUGAUAAUUUUGUAAAAAGCGAGUUAUCCGAGACGACUCAUUCAUCAGUUGUACAUAUCGUUGCCACCCCAUUAACUUAUGCCUCCUUUUCACCAUAUGGAAAUAUAAUUCAAUCAUUUCCCGAACAAACUUCUACUCAAAAUUCCUUUUCAAUAACUCAUGGUAUUAAAGUAACGCCUGCUAAUCAAGGGACCGCACGUAAAUACAAUCAUGUUGCUUCCGUCAUAAAUUAUCGUCAAUCAAAUAUUCUACUUAACAAAGAUCAAUCGAGUGAUAAAACGCGGGUAAUUGCUAAAGCUGUGCCUAAUUUAAGUUUAUAUAAAUGUUCGCCUGUAAAAUCGCUUCCGUUUACUGUACGUUUAUUGGAAAGGCAUCCCUAUUCGUCGCAAACGUUUUUACCCUUGAGUGAUGGUAAAGUUAAAGGAUAUUUGGUUGUGGUAUGUUUAAAUAAUGACGUUGGUGAACCAGAUUUGAGCACCCUUAAAGCAUUUGUCGCGUCAAGCAUCCAAGGAAUUAAUUAUCAUCCCGGUAUUUGGCAUCAUCCUAUGAUUGCUUUAGAAAAAACUACGGAAUUUGCAUGUUUAACGCAUGAAUCAGGAAUUGCCAAUGAAGAUUGUGAAGAAAUUGAAUUUGAGGAAAAAGAUUUUGUCGAGGAGACAUGUGAAGAAGAAACUUCCUGUUAUACACCAAUUCAAAAACUUGAGGUUGUCAAACGCGAUAAUACUUUUAACGUGUACACUGAAUUUGGUAUUAACGCGUCGGACAUUAAAAAACUUACAGAGAGCGGUUUUCAUACGGUUCAAUCUGUAGCGUUUUCUCCACGAAAAGUUUUGCUAAACAUUAAAGGAAUUUCAGAAGCCAAAGUAGAUAAAAUUCAAGGAGAAGCCUACAAGCUAUCACCAAUGGGUUUUCUCACAGCAACAGAAAUCCAGGCAAAAAGACGCGAUAACCUUUUUAUAACGACGGGAUCAAAAGAGUUGGAUAAACUUCUUGGAGGUGGUAUUGAAACUGGAUCAAUCACUGAAAUAUUUGGGGAGUUUAGGACUGGAAAGUCUCAAAUUUGUCAUACAUUAUCUGUAGCAUGUCAGCUUCCCAUUGAAUAUAACGGUGCCGAGGGAAGAUGCAUCUAUAUCGACACUGAAGGUACUUUCCGUCCUGAAAGAUUGGUGGCCAUGGCAGAAAGAUUCGGAUUGGUCGGUGAUGAAACUUUGGACAAUGUAGCUAUUGCGAGAGCUUAUAAUACUGAUCAUCAGAUGAAUCUUUUGGUACAUGCCGCUGGCAUGAUGGCGGAAUCGAGAUUUGCUUUGUUAAUUGUCGAUAGUGUUACAGCGUUAUACAGAACAGAUUUCUCUGGUCGUGGGGAACUUGCUGCGCGUCAAAUGCAUUUGGCCAAAUUCUUGCGAUAUCUUCAGCGUUUAGCUGAUGAGUUCGGAAUUGCUGUUGUUAUAACAAAUCAAGUUGUAGCCAGUGUUGACGGUGCUGCUAGCAUGUUUGGUGGUGAUACAAAGAAACCCAUUGGAGGAAAUAUUAUUGCCCACACUUCCACCACAAGGCUUUAUUUGCGUAAAGGUAAGGGUGAAAAUCGGAUUUGUAAAAUCUACGAUUCUCCCUGUCUGCCUGAAGGCGAUGCAGCCUUUGCUAUUUCAGAAGGUGGUAUUGUUGAUGCAAAGGACUAA